AUGCCCACUAUCUUCCCAACAUGGCCGCAUAUCCUUUUCGGCAUCCUCGAGCCUAUUUCGCUGGCUCUGGGAAGUGCUUUCCCUCUAUAUGAUCUCCAAGGCUUUAUCGCCGGCCAAACCCCAACCAUCGCGGCGCCGGACACCCUACACCCGAGUAGCGUCGCUCUAGCCUACCAAAUCGGGAAUCUUUAUUCGCUCCUAUUCCUAGUUGGAGUCGGUGUAUGCCAUGCCACCACCGAGCCCAAAGUGCUGCGCAACUACCUGGUUGGGCUGGCCAUCGCAGAUGUAGGCCAUGUGUAUGCCACGUACUUGGCGAUGGGUUGGGACACGUUUGUGGACGUUGGAGCAUGGAACGCUCUGACCUGGGGUAACAUUGGAGUGACUGCAUUCCUGUUCGUUAAUAGGAUCGCUUAUCUUUGGGGAUUUUUCGGAUAUGCGAAGGCGCCUAAGGCGGCUGCAAAACAGGAGUGA